ACAAUGAUCGUAUCUGUAGUUGCUUUGAUUCUUCUUGCUGUGUCUCUGAUCCAGACUACAGAGAUUCCUCCCAAGAUCUCUAUGACCGUGGUCAAAGUUGGUCGCAAUGUUACUUUGCAGUGUCCAGUUUCAGAAAUGGACGGCAAAUUCUUUUCCUGGUACAAGCAGCCUCUUGGAUAUAUGGUCCAGGCAGUUGCUACAGGAAAUUUUGUCCAACAAAGACUGGCUAAGCAAUUUAGAAAUGAUCGUUUCAAAGUAACUGGAGGGGAGUCUCGAUAUUUUCUUACAAUCAGCAAUGUCAGUAAAGAGGACGAAGCAACAUAUUUCUGUGUAAAUGGAACAGCAUAUGAACAGAGUUUUGUUACAGGCAUCUUCCUCGCUGUGGAUGAUCGCAGUGAGCAGAAAUCAGUCUAUGUGGAACAGAGUCCAGGGAUAACAUCAGUCCAGCAAGGCAACUCUGCCAUUCUCCAGUGUUCACUUCUCUCUAAGAGCAAAAAGAACCCAGAUCCAUGUCCAGAUGAAAACAAUGUGUACUGGUUCAGAGCUGGAUCAGGAGAAUCCCAUCCGAGCUUUAUUUACACUGACCACAGGAACACCACUGGUGAACAAAAGGAAAGGAGCUGUGUGUACCGUCUGUCCAAAACUAUACAGAACUCUUCUGAUGCUGGAACAUAUUACUGCGCUGUGGUCACAUGUGGAGAGAUCCUGUUUGGUGAAGGAACAAAAGUAGAAACGGGUCCAAAACUUGAGCCACUAGUCCUUGGACUUGUUGUUGUCUUGGCCUGCUGCGUGACUGUGAUUGCCGUACUUAUUUACUAUGUGAAUCAAGGAGUUUGUCGACAUUGUAAAGGUGCAAAGGCUGCUUCACAUUACCCUAGGCAUCAUAAUUCAAUAGUGGAACCUCCAAGUGAUAUGGGUGGUAAUUUCAACGAAGUAAACUAUGCAGCACUGGAUUUUUCAGCGAGGGACGUGAAAGGUGUGAAGAAGCAGAGGAAAAAAGAUCACACGCUGCAGGAGUGUGUGUACUCUGCCGUAAACGGGGACGCUCACACACAUCUCAACUAACUGUCUUUGUAAGUAGAACGGAGCCUGACCUGCAUGGCACAAAGUCACCUUAGCCCCAGUUCAGCUCACAUUUGUAGCUCACAGAUAAUAUAUGAAAAUAAAUAAAAUAAGCAAGUAAGAGCACAAGGUGCUAUUGUCCCAGUGGUAGGCCAUUUGGAAAGUACAAAUAUUGUUUAGGUUGUUCAAAUUUGCAAAAGAUAUGUGCAAAUGUCACAUCACGAGAUGAGGAGAUUGUAUGUUUUAAAAAGAUCAAAAUUACAGACAAUCACUGAUGAUUCAGUGACUCAGUUGCCUGAUGGCCUGUGGAUACAAACUAUCUUUUAGUCUGGUUGUCCUUGCUCUCACAUAUGACAGUUCAUAUACUAUAUAGAAGGUAGAGGAACAUGACAGAUGAACAAAAGAUUUCAGGACUAAGUGUCGACCAAUCACACACAAGAUGUGUAUUUUCUUGAUUGCUUAAUACUGAUUUUAAUUUAAACAUAUUAAAUGGCUACGUGAGAACGUGACAUCUUUUCCUAUUGAAAACUAAAUGUUGAACUUUACCUUUCAAGCUUUCGCCAAAGAACCUAAACCCACAUUUGUAGAGUAUGUAUGUAUGUACAGUAUCUAUGUAUGUAUGCAUGUUUGUAUGUGAUAGAACUUGAACAGGAGUAACUGUACACUGUACUCUGGCUUGUAAUGUGAAUAAGUUCAUAACCGGGGCUUUACCUGCAUCCUGCGACAACUGGCGCAGAAUGGCACAGAAACAUAAAGCAUAUUCUAAUUUGAAUGUAAUGUAUGUAUGUCUGUAUUUUGGAAUGGUUUGUGCAACUAAAAUGUUACGCCUAUCAUUUUAGCUGUUUUCUUGUGUCAAAAAAAAUGAAUAAAGUUCUUAAAGCAAAAUUUUACAUUAAGGAGCCUCACAUCUGCUACCCUCUACUGAACAUUAGGCAUUAAGUUCUCUUGUGUAACUGUGUAAUUGACAUAACUGUACAGUACAAUCUGAGAGCAGAGCCACUUCUGCCAGAUUCGCUCAUAUUUUUGUUUAAUUAAUACUGCGCUCUGCUCUAACUCCACUAGUUACAAAGAAAUGUUGCAUUAUACACUGUACUUAUUUUUUUUUCCCACUCUCAUGGCAACUUGGAAUGAUCAUAAUGUCACAUCCUGUUUCUAUAGCGUCAAAUAACUAACUAAUACAAAACU